CCGGCCGGAAAACCCUCCGUCAUCAAUGGCUGCCCACGUCGUUCGGUGCACCAGAGAAAUGGCAUGCUUGGUCGACGGCGGAAUCUCCGAAGAGAGGACCGUCGUUCUCCGACGUGCUCAUCCAAACGCAGAGUCUCCAACCGUGCAUCUGGAGUGGGGCGCGGCUCACCGGGGACUCGACGGACGGGACGAAAUCAUAUCAGAUAAUCAGUUGCUGGACAUCGGAAGGCAAAUCAAGCAGAAGAAGAAGAAGAAGAAGAAGAAAACAGUGGCCGGCAUUGAUCAGGAUGAGCUGCUGGACCCAUUGCUGCUGGCGGAUCCGGAUAGCUGUUUCUUCGAGUUCAUGGGAGUCAGCAUUCACCAUAAGAUCAGUAGUGCAGAAGGUGAUCAAUGGGAAGAAUCUAAGUGUUCCUCUUCAAGAAGCUGCAGACUAGGACUGCCCAUGAUCCUUCUCCAUGGUUUCGGGGCAACUGUGUUUUCGUGGCGCAAAGUGAUGAAGCCACUUGCCCAUCUGGUUGGGUCCAGUGUUCUUGCUUUUGAUAGACCUGCUUUUGGGUUGACAUCGAGGGUGGACUACCCUCCUAAGCCGAGCUCUGCUUUAAUGGCGGCUUCCACGCAUUUGAGUCCUUACUCGACUGCCUUCUCUUCUCUUGUUACACUUUCUUUCAUGGACAAGCUCAAGGGAUCAGACAAGGCAAUUUUAGUUGGGCAUUCUGCUGGAAGUCUUGUAGCAGUCGAUGCAUACUUUGAAGCCCCUGAACGUGUUGCAGCUCUGAUCCUCGUAUGUCCUGCGCUUAUUGCACCUCUGUUCUCAUCUAAUUCCAAUCAAAGAGAUCUACAUGAAAGAGAAGAUCGGAGGCCGGAAAAUGCAGAAAUUGGCCGGAGCGAUCGGGAGAACAUGUUCCGUGGCAUUCUUUUACUUCUACGUGCACUGCGUUUUCUAGCGCAAGUAGUCAUAGCUUCGAUGAUCAAAAGGAUUCUGUAUUUGCUCUCCUGCUUCUGCAGGAACCUCCUUUCAGAAAUUCUGCGUUCUUACUUCGGCAUUCUUACGUUAAGGUUCAUAUUUGACAGAUUUUGCGAAACAUCCAUUAGGAGUUCUUGGUAUGAUGCAAGCAAAGUCACGGAGGAUGAUAUUUAUGGUUAUCUAAAACCAUUAAGAGCCAAGGAUUGGGAAAAGGCGGUUUUGGAAUAUAUCAUAGCAUUGUUUACCAGUACGAAGCCUAAGAAAAUGGCACCAUGCAAGAGAAGGCUUUCUGAGAUUGCAUGUCCAGUGUUGAUUAUUACCGGUGAUCAUGACCGCCUUGUUCCUGCAUGGAACGCUAAACGUCUAUCUCUAGCCAUGCCUGGUUCACACUUGAAAGUGAUGAAGAAGUGUGGUCACUUGCCCCAUGAAGAGCGACCGGAAGAAUUUCUUGAUAUUGUUAGAACAUUUUUGUCAACUCUCAAAGAUGUUUGA